AUUUUUUUGUUUUUUAUUCUCAUCUUCGCGUAAAAGAGGCAAAUCAUGGGCAUGGCUUCGCAGCUGCUGAGACGAGCCCUCGGAAGCCGCUCGAGCCAGAUCAUCUCUUCCGCAAACCCUAGCUCCUCCCUCUCCUCGCCGGCGACCGCCACCGCCAGGGCUUUCUCCUCCUCCGCCGCCGAUCUGAUCCGCGCCACCCUCUUCCCCGGCGACGGUAUCGGCCCCGAGAUCGCCGAGUCCGUCAAACAGGUGUUUAGAGAAGCUGAAGUGCCGAUUGAAUGGGAAGAACACUAUGUAGGAGACCAAAUUGAUCCUAGAACCCAGAGUUUUCUGACAUGGGAUAGCUUGGAAUCGGUGAGGGUAAACAAGGUGGGACUGAAAGGACCGAUGGCCACUCCAAUUGGGAAAGGGCAUCGUUCUUUGAACCUUACGUUGAGGAAAGAGCUUAAUUUGUACGCCAAUGUUAGGCCUUGCUAUAGCCUCCCUGGUUAUAAGACACGUUAUGAUGAUGUCAAUCUCAUCACUAUCCGUGAGAACACGGAGGGAGAGUACAGUGGACUUGAACAUCAAGUGGUGAGAGGUGUUGUGGAAAGUCUCAAGAUCAUUACUCGCCAGGCGAGUCUAAGGGUUGCUGAGUAUGCUUUCCACUAUGCCAAGAUGCAUGGGAGAGAGAGAGUGUCUGCAAUACACAAAGCAAAUAUUAUGCAGAAAACUGAUGGUCUCUUCCUUAAGUGUUGCCGCGAGGUUGCAGAGAAGUACCCUGAGAUAAAAUAUGAGGAAGUCGUCAUUGACAAUUGCUGUAUGAUGCUUGUGAAGAAUCCUGCUCUUUUUGACGUAUUGGUGAUGCCUAACCUUUACGGUGACAUCAUUAGUGACCUGUGUGCAGGUUUGAUUGGAGGGUUGGGAUUAACACCAAGCUGCAAUAUUGGUGAGGGUGGCAUUGCCCUAGCUGAAGCUGUACAUGGUUCAGCACCUGAUAUUGCCGGAAAGAAUUUGGCAAAUCCAACUGCUUUGCUUUUGAGUUCUGUCACAAUGCUGCGCCAUUUAGAGCUCCAUGAUAAAGCUGAGCGGAUCCAAGCUGCCAUCCUCAACACAAUUGCGGAGGGGAAAUACCGAACCGCUGAUCUCGGCGGCAAGUCAUCGACAACCGAUUUCACAAAGGCGAUUUGUGAUCAUCUUUGAAUGACGAUGCAGCAUAGGGUUUGAAUUUUGCGUGUAACCAACUUGUUUAUUGUGACCUCCUUUUGGGGCCAAUUUUUUUCUUCGGGAAUAAACGUAUUCCAGUAUGUUCAAAGAACAACUUUCCUAGAGAAUCAUUCUCCGUUGUUUUGGUAUUCUUUGUCCAUAUAAUUAUGAAAUAAAAGCAUAAUGAUAUGGUACUUUUAUUACACUUAUAUUUUGAAGCGGAUGUAAAACUCACUGAUCUUCUUCUCAAGUUAUUUCUACCAGUUUGGUAGAACCCAUUUGAUAUAA